AUGGCAAAGAGGACGACUAAAGUUCCAGAUGCCUGGGAGGACGACGACUGGGAGGUUCAAGCAGACAAGGCCAUCACUAUCGAAGAAGAAUCGAAGUCUCAGCCGCAACAGCAGCCGCAAUUGAGCAAAGCCGAGCGUCUAGCGCAACAUGCCGAGUCCAAUAAGAAGCUCUGGGAAUCAGCCGAAGCGCCCCCCGAGACAUUCCACUACCUCGCCGCGCGUUCAGAACCGCCUCUCACGACAGGCUUUAAGCCCGCCGUAAAGGUCCUGAGCCGGAAGCCCGUCUCAGACCCCAAUGCUGGCGACGACGACGAAGACAACAAGAAGACCCCGCAGCUCACACCUGAGGAGAUCCUAGCCAAGCAGCAACGGGAGCGCGAGGAGAAGCAGCGACGCUACGACGAGGCUCGCGCUAAGAUAUUCGGCACUAAUAGUACUGUCAUAGGAAGUUCGAACCCGUCGUCGGGCACCUCGACGCCUGGCGCUGUGACGCCCCCGCGGUCGGCCGAGGGGCGGGGUCCGCGGGGUAGGGGAAGAGGUGGUAGAGGGGGUGGUGGAGGACACCGGCAUAAUGAGAGCCGAGGAGAGAGGGAUAGGGACAGGGAUAGUAACAUCCAACGACCUAGUAGCCAGUCGGGCGGGGGACGGGAGCUCUACGACCCAAACUACUCGCCUAAGCCUGGGGUUCAACUUGAGCGGAAAGGGAACAUCAACAACAGCGAUGGUGGAGCACCAUUGUCCCGGCGUUCUACGCCGCGGGAGGAAGAUCAAAUCAUCCGUGCACCACGGGGCCCGGACGGGAGUGGAAGGGGAGGGUUCGGUUUUGCCAAGCGUGGCGCCAAGGGCAGUUGA